AUGGCGGCUCCGGCCGCGGAAGCGGAAGGCGGUGCCGGGCACGGCGGGGCGGGGGCAGCCGAGGCCGGGCCCGGUUCCUCGAUGGGUUCCCCGGUGGGCUCCCCCCGCCGCAGGGACGGGGCCGCGGAGCCCCCCUGGCCGUGGGGAGAGGAGCGGGACCCCCCCUGGCCGCCCCUCGCUCGAUGUCCCGGCACCAGCCACAGGGCGACGUCGCCGUCCCCGCCCGGUGGCCGCCGCGACGGCCCGGCCCCCCCCGGGGACCCCAAAAUGGAGCAGGACAGGAGGGAGACGAGCGUAGGGGCAGGGCCCGGCCCGGCCCCCUGUGGGGGCGACCCGCGGUGUGCGAGCACCGUCGGUGAGAAGGAACAGUGUCUGACAACCCUGAGAGAGGAGGUUGAGCAUCUCUCCAAGUACAAGGCGGAGUGCGCGCAGAAGGACGUGGUGAUCUCCGAUCUGCUGAAAGAAACAGAAAGCCUGAAGAAAGAGCUGGAGCUGCUCAGGGGCGGCGGAGAUGCGGAGCCGGUAACUGUCGGUGUCCUGAGGCUGCUCCCUGCCAAGCCGUCAUCCACUGUAGAUGUCACGGAGGCAGACUGCUCUUCACACACAAACAUCCCGCAGUACGGAGGAAUGGAACAAAGGAGCUCAAGUGAAGAAGCCGCUGAAGAAGCCGCUGAAGAAGCGCUCAGUGACACGAGCGCUCCAGGGCUGGAGCAGGCAGAAGGAGAGGAGGAGACACUGAUUGCUCAGCUCAUUGCGUUCCAGGAUGCCAAUGAAGAACUCUGUGCAGAACUGCAAAAUGCACACGAUGACUACAACAUAGCCACAGGUGUCAUGUGUUCCUUGCAACGACAACUGGAGAUCCAAGAAUCCCAGCUUCGGAAAACCGAAUCUGAAAAGGAAAGGCUUGAAAAGGAGCUCAGGGAGCGAGAAAGUCAGCUACAAGCCAUGUCUGCCAAGUUUUGCAGUCUGAGAGAAGAAGGGAAACAUGAAGAAAUGAUGGUGACAACAGAGAAGGAGAACUGCAGUCUUCGACAGGUUGUUACAGAACAAGAAUCCAAACUGGCUGAGCAGAACAAGCUGAUCAGUGAUUUGCAGGGUACAGUCAGCCAGCUAGAGGCAGAGGCUCUGACCAAUCGAUACCAGAUCCACAAGCAGCAGCGUGCCCAGGAAGAGAUGCAGAGCCAAGCUGAAACACUGCAGCACACGGAGCUGCAAACUAGAGUGGCACUCGAGUGCCUCACUAGCAGGUUUGAAAGAUUUCGAAGCAAGAUAAUUCAGGCUACAUUCGGUACAGCAGGCAGCAAGCCUCCCCAGGCAGAGCUCACUGAUGAGGAGGUGCUGGAAGCAAUGCAGAAGAUAAUUAGUGAGCGAAUAGAGUUUCAUCAGAUGCUGAAACAAAAAGGUGUCAGGGUCCCAUCUCUCUACAACAUCGACACGGCUACUUCAUCACCUACCAAUUCUAAGGGUAGGAGGAAGAGUCCUGCAAGGUAGCUUCUCUUAAUGCCUGCAGAACAGCCCUAGUGGUUAAGUCACAACAUGCCACCAACUUCAGGCUCCUGUUCGUUUGUUUUCUGGUGGUGAUUUGAUAGCAAAUUAAACUCAUUUUACUUGAUUCAAGUUCUGCAGGAAUUCAGUUGUUUUCUAAUUGUUGAAACUGAUUAAACACCAUUCAC